GGCAGGAAUCAAACAGGUCACCCGGCUUGAUCGCAAGGCAUGCAAUCUCUGUCAUACACAAGCUAGCGUAACAAAUACACAGACCUACAGAGACUAUAGUUUUUUUACACAGCCACACAGAUAGCUGCGAUAUUUUGUUUAAUGUUAGUUUUUUACAGCGUGACUACACCCUUUUCCGUACAAAUAUAAAACCAGCACACCGGAGUAACCAGGAUGGAGUGGCAGCCAGACGAACAGGGUCUGCAGCAAGUGCUUCAGCUGCUCAAAGACUCCCAGUCCCCAGACACAGCCACUCAGAGAGCUGUGCAAGAAAAACUGGAGCAGCUUAACCAGUUUCCUGACUUCAACAACUAUCUUAUCUUUGUCCUCACAAGCCUCAAGUCCGAGGACGAACCCACUCGCUCGCUCAGUGGUCUGAUUUUGAAGAACAAUGUGAAGGCUCACUACCAGAACUUCCCCCCUAACGUGGCUGACUUCAUCAAACGAGAAUGCCUCAACAACAUCGGAGAUCCAUCGCCGCUUAUCAGAGCUACGAUCGGGAUUUUGAUCACAACUAUAGCCUCUAAAGGAGAGCUGCAGACUUGGCCGGAGCUCUUGCCUCAACUUUGCAAUCUGCUCAACUCUGAGGACUACAACACCUGCGAGGGUUCUUUUGGAGCACUGCAGAAAAUCUGUGAGGAUUCGUCUGAGCUGUUGGACAGCGACGCUCUGAACAGACCUCUCAACAUCAUGAUCCCCAAGUUUCUCCAGUUCUUUAAGCACUGCAGCCCCAAGAUCAGGUCCCAUGCUAUCGCUUGUGUGAACCAGUUCAUCAUUGGUCGAGCUCAAGCUCUGAUGGAUAAUAUCGAUACUUUUAUUGAGAGUCUGUUUGCCCUGGCCGGUGACGAAGACAGUGAAGUGAGGAAGAACGUCUGCAGGGCUCUGGUCAUGCUGCUGGAAGUUCGCAUCGACCGCCUCAUCCCGCACAUGCACAGCAUCAUCCAGUACAUGCUGCAGCGAACGCAGGACCCCGAUGAGAACGUGGCUCUGGAAGCCUGCGAGUUCUGGCUCACUCUGGCUGAGCAGCCCAUCUGUAAAGAGGCCCUGUCUGGACACUUGGUCCAACUGAUUCCUAUCUUGGUGAACGGGAUGAAAUAUUCAGAGAUCGACAUCAUUCUCCUAAAAGGAGACGUCGAAGAGGACGAUACGAUUCCCGAUAGCGAGCAGGACAUCAAGCCUCGCUUCCACAAGUCUCGCACCGUGACCCUGCAACACGAGGGUGGGGAGGGAGAGGAGGGCGAGGACAUAGACGAAGACGAGGAUGACGACGACGACACGUUGUCUGACUGGAAUCUUCGAAAAUGCUCAGCUGCGGCUCUGGACGUUCUGGCCAACGUGUUUCGUGAGGAGCUGCUCCCACAUCUCCUGCCUCUGCUUAAAGGCCUGCUGUUCCAUCCUGACUGGGUCAUCAAGGAGUCUGGCAUCUUGGUGCUCGGCGCCAUCGCUGAGGGCUGCAUGCAGGGAAUGGUUCCCUACUUGCCAGAGCUGAUUCCUCAUCUCAUCCAGUGCUUAUGCGACAAGAAGGCUCUGGUGCGCUCCAUCGCCUGCUGGACCCUGAGUCGCUACGCCCACUGGGUGGUCAGCCAGCCCCCCGACGCCCACCUCAAGCCCCUCAUGACCGAGCUUCUCAAACGCAUCCUGGAUGGAAACAAAAGGGUGCAGGAAGCGGCGUGCAGUGCCUUCGCCACCCUGGAGGAGGAGGCGUGCACGGAGCUAGUGCCGUACCUCAGCUUCAUCCUGGACACGCUGGUUUUCGCUUUCGGGAAAUAUCAGCACAAGAAUCUGCUGAUCCUCUACGACGCUAUAGGAACGCUGGCUGAUUCUGUGGGACACCACCUCAACCAGCCUGAGUACAUCCAGAAGCUGAUGCCGCCUCUGAUAGCCAAAUGGAACGAGCUGAAGGACGAGGACAAAGACCUCUUUCCUCUGCUGGAGUGUCUGUCGUCGGUUGCCACGGCGCUGCAGAGCGGCUUCCUCCCGUACUGCGAGCCUGUGUACCAGCGCUGCGUGACCCUGGUCCAGAAGACGCUGGCUCAGGCCAUGAUGUACAGUCAGCAGCCAGACCAGUAUGAAGCACCAGAUAAGGACUUCAUGAUUGUGGCCCUGGAUCUAUUAAGCGGGUUGGCCGAGGGUCUUGGGGGCCACGUCGACACGCUGGUGGCCCGCAGCAACAUCAUGACCCUGCUGUUCCAGUGCAUGCAGGAUACGAUGCCUGAGGUGAGGCAGAGUUCAUUUGCUCUGCUGGGUGACCUGACCAAGGCCUGCUUCCCUCACGUCAAACCGUGUAUUGCUGAAUUUAUGCCGAUCCUCGGGACAAAUCUGAACCCAGAGUUUAUCUCCGUGUGCAACAACGCCACCUGGGCCAUAGGGGAGAUCUGCAUGCAGAUGGGAGUGGAGAUGCAGCCAUACAUAGCUAUGGUUCUAAACCAGCUGGUUGAGAUCAUUAACCGACCCAACACACCCAAAACCCUGCUGGAAAACACAGCCAUCACCAUCGGCAGACUGGGUUACGUUUGCCCUCAGGAGGUCGCCCCCAUGCUGCCGCAGUUUAUCCGACCCUGGUGCACGUCUCUCCGCAACAUCCGAGACAACGAGGAGAAAGACUCUGCCUUUCGUGGGAUUUGCAUAAUGAUCGGUGUGAAUCCCGGAGGCGUGGUGCAGGAUUUCAUCUUCUUCUGUGACGCCGUGGCCUCCUGGGUGAACCCUAAGGAUGAUCUGAGAGACAUGUUCUACAAGAUCCUUCAUGGUUUCAAGGAGCAGGUCGGGGAGGAGAACUGGCAGCAGUUUUCAGAGCAGUUCCCCCCACUGCUAAAGGAGAGACUGGCAGCCUGCUACGGCGUUUAGGUUCUCCACACCCACCCAAUAGGUGAGCCAGCAGGAGGAGGGUGAAUGGGAAACUCAUCCAUCUGUGUAUUGCACGGCCCUGAUCUGGGGGGAGGGAGAGGGACGCUUUUGGCCGCUCCCCCUGAUGGACGGCCCCCACGCCCUAUGUGUUUGUCCAUAGAGGGAGGGUGCGCGGGUGGGAGGGAGGGACAGGGGGGACACCUCUAGAUUAACUAGGCAGGGACCUGACACAGAAAAAAAAACAAAAAAAAAACAACAACAACUAACUGGUAGGGACAGAUAGAGAAGGAGGAGACCAGCUGGAAUAGAGAGCAGCACAAAGAAAAGUUCAGGGACAGACAGGGAGGGGAUUCACUAACGAGGCAGGGACAGCAGGCAGGAGAAAGCUUGUUUCCUGGCUGGAACGACAGGGAAAGUUAGGAUUUUAAUGGGAUUCUUAAACUUAAACCAGUAGCUGGUUGCUCAACAGACUCACAGACAUUGAGUUGUACAUGCAGUACCUGGGACAGACUGUGGGUGGCACUGUGGUUCAGACUUUUUACAGACCUACUACGUGUAGCUAGGGACAGACAGGUAAAAAAAACCCACCUCUCUAAUAACUUCAUUUUUCUGGGGGAAUAGGAUUCAAUAUCAAAUACUCCAUCUGUGCUCCACCCGAUUCUGCUUCUCUGUAAGAUGAUCUAUCCUCAUCCAUGUUUCCUACCUUUCAUUCUUACCAGAGUGCUGCUUUACAGAGCUGUCAUCUAUCACACCUAUUGCUGUCUACAUGUUUUUUUCUACCUGAUCGAACGAGACAGAGAGAGAGAAAGCGUGGGGAAGCCUUUUCCCACCGAAAACAAACCAUUCCUCUGGGAAGGGGGGCUUAGGGCUAAUACUUCUGUUUUCUCACCUGAGCGGGAGGAAAUCAUACAAAGAAAAUGCAUCCUUAGUUUUGUCUCCAAGGUUCAGCUCGACGCGUGCAUGUUGCAAGUUUGUAAAUCCUGAUUUCGGCAUUCUUUAACAGUGUGUGAAAUGUGUAUUUUUUAUUUUUUGUAUUUGUUUUUGGACAUGGUACCGAGCUAAAACUUGACUCCCCACCGCAAUGUCCUUGGCACCUGUUGACUGUGACCAAGUGUUUGUGUAUGUGUGUGUGUGUGUGUGUGUGUGUGUGACUGAGUGUGUAUGUCUGUCUGUCUACAUUUGUGUUGAUAUCCAUUUGAUGCCAUAUUGAUAUCUUUAGUAAAACUGAUUGGUUGUGAUUUUUAUAAUGUUUUAUAAUUGGUCUCUUUUUUUUUCUUUUUUUUUUUGCUGCUACUGAUGAGUUUUGUUUCUGUAGUGAACUGAAAUUCACACACUUAACACAAAAAUUGAAUUGAUGCUAUAUUCAGUGACUGUUAAGUUGUUUUUUUGCACUUUUUAUUUUAUUCAGUUUUUUUAAAUUUUAUUUUAUUAUUUGUAUGGUAUAUAUUUUUUAAACUUCACCCAUAUGAUAUGUCUUGACCCUAAUGUCAGUGUUUGUCAUACUGUGUUGCACUGUGAAAUUAAGUGUCUUUGACUGGCAAAAAUAUCUCAAUACUAAAUGGCAAAUAAAAGCAAAUUUGUGAAACUGCGA